UAGUUGUGAAAGAUUGAAUAAAAUUCAUUUUACAUUCUAUUAUUGCAUUGAAAUAACAGACUGUGUUACAUACUUAUUACAAUAUGAAUUUUUCGCUGAAAUAUAUUCACCUGCUGGUGGCGUUCUUACUUCUUUGGUGUUUUGAAUCUACUGUUGAAGCGAAUGAAAUUAACGUCAAACAACUGAAGGACCUAUCAGGGGUAUUUGCUCAUUUUUGGCCAAUACAUCAUAGAACUACAACACCUCAUCCUUCAAAGUCAACAACCGAACAAUGGAAUACAACUACUGUGGCUAAUCAAACAACUUCAAACCUUUGGAAUACAACAACCGAACAAUGGAAUACAACCUCUUCAAAUCAUUCAAACUCAACUAGCCAACAUUGGAAUACAACUACUGCAGCUCCUCAAUCAACAUCAUACCUUUGGAAUACAACAACCGAACAAUGGAAUACAACUACUGUAGCUAAUCAGACAACUUCAUACCUGUGGAAUACAACAACUGAACAAUGGAAUACAACCUCUUCAAAUCAUUCGAAUUCGACUAGCGAGCAAUGGAAUACAACUACUGCGGCAAAUCAAACAACUUUAUAUCUUUGGAAUACGACAACCGAACAAUGGAAUACAACUUCUGCAAAUCAUUCGAAUUCGACAAGUGGACAAUGGAAUACAACUACUGUAUCUUCUAUAGUAGAUUAAUAGUUAAUAACAUCAUAUAACUAUUCUUAAAUACUACUAUCUUCAUUGUUUUUACACUAGUCUAAACAUUUGUAAUAAUAAUUCAAAUAAUUGGUAUUCUAUAGCACAAAUAUUAUAAACUUAAUAUCAUCGACUGGUA